UCAAGGUCUGGAUGCUGUUUUCUGAGAAAACAACACAGAGAAACAGUCUCCUAAAAGAACAAGGUAGCAAAGCAUUGCGAUGGGAUUAAGUGCACUACACAGUAAACUCUGAGGGGAUUUAAGGAAGUUGAGGCCUUGGGGAAGUUUUUAAAGAGAAAACGAGUAAGAUUACAUAAAUUGUUGUGAAGCAGUAAUCUUUGGCUACCAGUAUCGGUUAACGAGGGUGGCAGGAGUCCAGGGCUGGAUGGUGCAAGUUACAGCACAAACUGCAGAAAUUUUCUGAGCAAGGAUGUGGUUACGGGAGAGACUUUUGCCGUUCUUCUCCUCAGGUACUGGUGCACCUUGAAGGCCCGGCACAGGCAUGGCCGGUACCGCAGCGGACAGUGCCAACCACCUGCCCUUCUUUUAUGGCAACAUCACCCGUGAGGAGGCAGAGGAUUACCUAGUGCAGGGGGGCAUGACUGACGGGCUUUACCUGCUGCGCCAAAGCCGCAAUUACCUGGGCGGCUUUGCGCUGUCUGUGGCGCAUGGGCGCAAGGCGCACCACUACACCAUCGAGCGUGAGCUGAACGGCACCUACGCCAUCGCGGGUGGCCGCACCCACAGCAGCCCAGCUGACCUCUGCCACUACCACUCGUUGGAGUCCGAUGGCCUAGUCUGCCUGCUCACCAAGCCCUGCAACCGGCCGCCUGGCGUGCAGCCCAAGACUGGGCCUUUUGAGGACCUGAAGGAAAACCUCAUCAGGGAGUACGUGAAGCAAACGUGGAACCUGCAGGGCCAGGCUUUGGAACAGGCCAUCAUCAGUCAGAAGCCGCAGCUGGAGAAGCUAAUAGCCACCACAGCCCAUGAGAAAAUGCCCUGGUUCCAUGGAAAUAUCUCUCGGGGCGAGUCUGAGCAGAUCGUCCUCAUAGGAUCAAAGAUGGAUGGCAAGUUCCUGAUCAGAGCCAGAGACAACAAUGGCUCCUACGCUCUCUGCCUGCUGCACGAAGGGAAGGUGCUGCACUAUCGCAUUGACAAAGACAAGACGGGGAAGCUCUCCAUCCCUGAGGGGAAGAAGUUCGACACACUUUGGCAGCUAGUGGAACAUUACUCUUACAAGCCAGAUGGUUUGUUAAGAGUGCUUACAGUUCCAUGUCAAAAAAUUGGUGCACAGGCAGCCCACACACAGAGUUCCAGUGUUGCGACUUGGUCAGCAGGUGGAAUAAUCUCCAGACUCAAAUCAUACUCCUUUCCAAAGCCUGGCCACAGAAAGACUCCUCCACUCCCAGGGAGCCGGCCAGAGAGUACGGUAUCUUUCAAUCCUUAUGAGCCAGAACGAGGAGGGUCCUGGGCUCCAGAGAGAGGCACCCAGAGAGAGCCCCUGCCCAUGGAUACCGAAGUGUAUGAGAGCCCCUAUGCAGACCCAGAAGAGAUCAGGCCCAAAGAGGUCUACCUGGACCGAAGCCUGCUGACCCUGGAAGAAAAUGAACUGGGCUCUGGGAACUUUGGGACUGUGAAGAAGGGCUUCUACCAAAUGAAGAAAGGCUUGAAAACAGUAGCUGUAAAAAUAUUGAAGAACGAGGCCAAUGACCCAGCUCUGAAGGAAGAAUUAUUAGCAGAAGCAAAUGUCAUGCAGCAGCUAGACAACCCCUACAUCGUGCGCAUGAUUGGGAUUUGUGAAGCCGAGUCCUGGAUGUUGGUUAUGGAGAUGGCUGAGCUUGGUUCACUCAACAAGUAUUUACAGCAGAACAGGCAUGUCAAAGAUAAGAACAUCAUAGAGCUGGUUCAUCAGGUUUCCAUGGGGAUGAAAUAUCUGGAGGAGUGCAAUUUUGUGCACAGAGAUCUGGCUGCAAGAAACGUAUUGCUAGUCACACAACAUUAUGCCAAGAUCAGCGAUUUUGGGCUUUCCAAAGCACUUGGUGCUGAUGAAAACUACUACAAGGCCCAGACCCAUGGAAAGUGGCCUGUGAAGUGGUACGCCCCGGAGUGCAUCAAUUACUACCGCUUCUCUAGCAAGAGCGACGUCUGGAGCUUCGGUGUGCUGAUGUGGGAAGCGUUCUCCUAUGGCCAGAAGCCCUAUCGAGGGAUGAAAGGAAGUGAAGUUACCACCAUGCUGGAGAAGGGGGAGCGGAUGGGCUGCCCACCCGGGUGUCCGCGAGAGAUGUACGAUCUGAUGAACCUGUGCUGGACAUAUGAGGUGGAGAAGCGGCCUAACUUUGUAGCAGUGGAACUGCGCCUACGUAAUUACUACUAUGACGUGGUUAACUAAUUGCUCCAGUCCUGUCUGCAGUUGUGUUGGACCAGAUGAGCGACCUCAGGAAAACACAUUUGGGUGGUGCAGAUUUUCAGGGUUUCCUUCUCUCUCUGUCAGAGGAGAGAACCAGGCCCACUUGGACACUUGCUGCCCUAGGACUCAUCCUCUGCGAAGCAAACACAGCCCCCGGAGCAAAUGGGCAACAGGACUGAUGGGCCUCCUGGAUUCCUUUGUUUUUAUUGUCCGUAUGGUGUUCAUAACAGAUUAUUCUUAGGAUCAGUUUCCAGUUCCUUUCUGCCUGUCCCACCCUCAGGGUCCAAGCGCCCACAGGCCUGGAAGCGGGGUUGGGUGGUACCAAGCACACUGCUGGCACAGGCUUUCAGCAUCCACUGCGACCUGGAGGAAGGGAAGGAAGGUGGGGAGGAAGAGGCUGCUGCCAGAACAGAGUUUCGAAGGCCAUGAGAGGGAUUCCUGGCCACAGAGAAGCUACCAGAUAGAAAAGUGCUGUGAGACUUAGAAAGAAGGAAAUAUUAAGCUUGACCAGUGCAAUUUCUUUGUGAGCAGCCAAUUCAUGAAAUAAUAAUAAUGACGACGAUGACGAUGAUGAUGAUGAUGAUGAUGGGGACCCUGGAAACUGUGUUUGCUCUGUAUCAUGAGACAGAGGAAGCACUCUGAUGAGAACUGAGCCCUGCUUGUGUGUGGCCUAGCUUGGCUCUGUCCACAGAAUGCCCCUCCUGCUGACCGCCUGGGCGAGGGCUUGUGUGCUGAUACAGGGACCAGUGACUGAGAUUCUGCUCCCUCCGAGUGGGUAGGCCAGCUGCCCCUCCUGUGCCGCCAGAAUUUUCACUUUCCUGGGAAUCUGAUGCAUGCCCUGUUCGUCCAUCUUCUGUUACUAUAAUUGAACAUCUGGUCCUUUUAUAACAAGAAAAGAAAAUUACCUGUCAUGAUUCAGAAUGCUGGGAAGUUCAUAUCAAGAUGUGGUGUCUGCGGUAGUCCUUUGUCCUGCAUCAAAACAUGGCAAGGGCAUCACACAGGGAGAAACAGAGUGCGCCAACUCCGAUCUCGUCCUCUUCUUACAGAGCCGACUAGAGGGUGUUCCAAAGAGAGCGUCAGUUCAGGACAAAACUAGACUCUGACCUCACCUCGAGACACAGGCCUUGCCAAGUGUGAUCUGUGGUUAAAGAUGCAAGACCUGAAAAUUGCCUUCUGGUCUCCUACCAUUAGCUAAUCCUUGACUCAGGGUUUGUUUAUGUAAAACAUCACCCGUCGAUAGGCGUUUUGCUGAGGCUCUUGAAAGUUAGAGUGACUUAGCCAUCGUUCUUCAGUCAGUGGCCAUAUCAAGCUUGGGCUCAUCCCAUCUUCACACAUAAGGCAUUUCAGCAUGCUUAUGACCACAGGGGUGGAGGAGGCAAGUGGGAGAAAGAGGACAGUCAGUACCUUUGCUUAGCCAGAAGAUGUGAGUCACUCAUAACUUGGCUCAUGGAAUUUUAAGAAACCGCUCAUGCUUUUUGGAAUUGUGCUGACAGUUUAAUCAUUUUGUUACAGAGCGGGUCCCCAUGUGCUGAGCUCAUUGAGCAGAUCCUAAGAAUGCAUGUAGAAUCCCUGAAGUAACCAUUAGUGGCAAAAUCUCAGCCGUUAAGGCCAUUGAUAUAUCUGGCAUCCUGAAAGGAAGGGUUGGAUGUGCUGACUGGGGACAGUGGCCCCUAUGUCUGAGGAGGCCCCAAUGCCCAGCUCGCAAGCCUGCCUCCCUUCCUCUCAGAAUGUGUCUGUAAUAAAUGCCACUGCCCACAGGAAUAAGGGCCAGGUAUGGAGUGGCUGGAGCCCCCUGCGUGCCUUCUUUCUGGUGUGAUUUUUCGAGCCUGUUUAGCAGCAGCCUUCCUCCUAGGAGUCUAGAACAUGGCAGGAGCCUUACCUCCUAGCAAGCUGUCCAGCCAGGCCACAGGUCCUUCUGUCCUCUUCCCUGGGAAGGACAGGCUCCUAUGUGCAAAAACCCUGCUGUCUGUCCCUCAGGACCCACUCUGCUGUGCCCUGGAGUCCGAGAGCAGGGCCAGAGGGACAGGCAGCCUCACAAAAAGAAAGGCUUACACUGUGAGAAGGGCUAAGUUGGGAAGUCUGGGGAAAGGCCUCCAAGGUCCUCCUAGAGUGUCAGUCCUGGGCUGGAUUUCCACACUGUAGGGUAUUCUCAACCCUCUCUGCAUGGAGCUGGUUUAUUUGAAUGCCUUCCUUUCUGGUCCUUCCCAAGCAGGGUGGAGAGGGCUGGCCCAGCUACCCUGCUGUGUCCCACUGUCUGCAAAUGCAGCAAACCCUCAUCCACCAGCAGGACCAAAUGUGUCUGUGGCAAAACCACAUGCAUUUAUGGUUACAGUCACGGCAUGUGUUUGCAUCUGAGUAUGUCUUGGCCCUGCUCCCCAGUGCCCAGCCCUACUCUGAUCUGCUGGACAGUGACUUCACGUGGGCACCACCCCAUGGUGCCCUGAUCUGUCCUCCUGGACUCCCACUUCCAGAAGUAGCCACCAAGUUGUCAGUCCUCACAGCCUCCCUGAGAGCUCCUGCCACCAGUUAGCAAUGCAGCAUGUUUUGCAUUUAUUUCAGAGCUACACUUUGUCACUAGAGAUUUUCUCAGACUGAUUUUUAAUAAAAAAUUUAAAUUAGCUUUGUGGUGACUGUCAUGGAAGUUAUUAGACUAGAAUGUGUUACUCCGUCACCCGGUGUGAAGCAGUGUUGUCAAGUGUGUUCUGUGCACAGGUUCUGUGAAAUACUGAGUCCCCUGGCGUGUUAUAAAAGCAGGUAUAAGCAGAAUGUUUGGAGCCAGCCAAGCUCCUGCCUCACAGGCAGAGAAGGCCCACCACGGGGAGCCCUGCUCUGUCACAGGGAAGGCUGUGACCUCUGUCCUUGGGCUGUGGCUCUGCCAGUAAGGACCUGAAAGCCCACAUCCUACCCUAACAGAGGGCCAAGAAAACCCCUGAUGGCACAAAGUGGGCAUGAGGGUACGAGCUUUUCCCUCUCUUUGGAGAAUCCCAAGAGCACCGGGGCAGACAAGGAGAGGGUUCCAAAUCCAUUCUAAAGGAGAUAUCACAUGCAUGUACACACAAGCAUGUACACACACAUACAUGUGUGCGCACAUGCACAUGCUGCAUCGUGUACACCCAUCACAUAUGUGCCUGCAAACACGUGUCCCACAUGAAAGCUACAGUGCACAUCCAUACAGUGUAUGCACAAACACAUGCAA